AUGAUCAGAGGAGAGAACCAUAAUUACAGACCUUUGCUCAAGGAGAUUCCCGCAGAGCUACAGAAUGGAGAGCAAUAUGUCAAAAAAGAAGUCAAAGAGGCAAUAAUAAAAGUGCGCGAGCGAUCAAAAGAAUCAGCAGGAAAAGUGAAAGAAGACUUGAAGCAGAGAAAAGAGCGCCUGGCAGAAAAGCUCGGCGAAAAUGCGACGGAGAUCCGAGAAAGAGUAAGCUCAUUUUCAAAGGCGCUCAAGGAGAAACUAUGGGACGGAAAGCUGGUGAAAUACACGGAACUGGCGGAGUGGAUGAAAGACAAUGAAUACAUUCGUGACUUCUACCGGCCGGAGCUGAGAGAUUCUUGGACCUGCCUGAAGACAAUCUUCCAGUACCACAACGAGACCGGCAAUAUUUGGUCUCACCUCCUCGGCGCCGUCUCAUUCCUUGGUCUCAUUCUGAGCUACGUCCUGAAGAGUAACGGCGAAUUCAUUUCUCCAAUCGAGGAAAAAUCCAUCGGCCUCAUUUUCUUCAGUUGUGCCUUUAUCUGCCUCAUCUUUUCGGUUUCAUUCCAUUUGUUUGGUUGCCACUCUCCAAAUGUCUGUCUUCUCUGCGGGCGACUAGAUUACACUGGAAUCGCUGUUCUCAUUACUGGCUCGUAUCUUCCGUGGGUCUACUACAAUUUCUACUGCGAGCCGACGACGAAAUUAGUCUACAUGUCCACAAUUCUGUUCUUGGGAUUGGUUUGCACCUGCGUCAGUUUCUCCAAGAAAUUUCAGCUUCCGAAAUACAGAACUUUCCGUGGAAUGCUUUUUGCUUCUUUCGGACUGACGGGCAUUUUCCCAUUUAGUCACGCCCUUUACAAGUACGGAUGGGAACACUCAAUUGAAAAUGGUCAAAUGCAUCUACUUCUUCUUAUGGGUCUCUUGUACGGCAUCGGAGUUUCCUUCUUCAUAACGCGCUUUCCCGAAUGCGUCUGGCCCGGAAAAUUUGACCUGCUCUUUCAUAGCCACCAAAUUUUUCAUAUUUUUGUCGUUGCUGCCGCGCUUUGUCAAGCAUAUGCUUUAUCGAAUCUACGAGCUAUCCGCCUUGAGCUUGGUAACAACUGUGCCUCAUCAGAAUUAUGA